AUGGUGCUAGGGGACCGCGACGCCCAGCCGGGACACACGACGUCGGCCGAGCGUCCUGUCGCCACCCAACCCUCGCCGGCAGCACGACCGGCAUCGAAUGGCACGGCCGGCAGCCUGAGCGGCAGCUUCUCGGUACUGCCUCCGAUCGCCGGCGGUGGCUCGGGUCCUGCUGGCUGUCAGUCCGGGCGCAGCGGCAAGCUCGGAGAGCUAGAGGAGAUCACACUUAAAAACGAGAUUUACCGGAACGCCGAGCUGAUCCAGGAGAGGCGCGUCCAGCGUCUGCUCAACGAGAUGCGGACGUUGGACCGGGACAGGGACGGCGUGCUGGAGCCGAUCCAGGUCAAACGCACCCUGCGCAAACACCAGCUGAAGUUCACCCCGGAGGUCGAGGACAACCUGGUGCUGAAGUUCCAGCAGACGCCGAAGACGGUGCAGUACGAGAAGCUGGUGCAGUACCUGGGCCUGGUGAAGCUGGAGGCCAGUCGCACCAUCGACGCGCCACCCGUCGCCCAGCACCAGGCGCUGCCGCGGCCUGGCCGGGCCUUCACCGAGCGCGACGAGCUCCUGCUGAAGGAGGACCUCAGCGCCUUCCUGCGGCCCCGGUUGCUGGACCUCGAACAGCUCUCACGCACCUUCUACGACCUUGACCGCGACCGCAACGGCUUCCUCUCGGCGGCGCAGGUCGAGACCGGUCUGCACCGCGCCGGCCUGGCGGACAUGCCGUCCGAGCUGAUGCGAAGACUCUGCACGGCCGCCGAUCGUCAGGGCAACGGCCUCUCCAACAUCGAUAAGAUCACCACCUACGUGGAGAGGUCUAUGCCUGCCUUCAGCCGGGCUACGCUCCAAGGGCUGGGGAACAACCACCACCCGCGGGCGCCGAGGGAGCCGGCGCCGGUCAGCGUCAGUACGAGGCCGGCUCCCAUCACGUACCAGCCGCGUCUGACCCAGCAGGUUCGCGGCGCCAGUCCGGUGACGAGGGAGCCGGCGCCGGUCAGCGUCAGUACGAGGCCGGCUCCCAUCACGUACCAGCCGCGUCUGACCCAGCAGACACGGCUGGGGUUAGCGGCGCCAGUCCGGUGACGAGCCUCCAAUGCAGGCAACGACUUCGCUCUAAAACGCUGGUGAAAACUGCGUAUGGGUUAGAUAAGAAAACUCGAUACGGUUUUAUGUUACACAUGUCUGUCACCCGUGACUUCGCCGUGUUAAAAGCCCUCCUAGGUAGAAAUGGCAGGA